AUUCGCUCAGCUUUCUCUUCCUCACCAGUGAACCUAUUGAAUGCAUCUGGGAAGUCGGACAAUGCUGAAACCGGGGACAGUGCCAUAUCAACACUUUAGCAACCAAGAACAUUUUGCACAAAAUUGUUUUCUUAUUGAAUAAAUUAGACUUAGCUUGCAGUUCCAGCACAUGCCAAAAAAUACAUGAAGAGUACCAUUUAACACCAUCAAGGACACGUUGUACAGUCACCUCCAACGUUGUUUUAGAGAAUUUGGCAGUACGUCCAACCGGCCUCACAACCGCAGACUACGUGUAACCACGCCAGCCCAGGACCUCCACAUCUGGCUUCUUCACCUGCGGGAGGGAUCAUCUGAGACCAGCCACCCGGACAGCUCAACAGAUGAAACUGGGCAUAAUGACAACUUUAUCACAGACAAAGGAAAUCUUCCGGAGAGCAGACGCUGUGUGCUUUGAUGUUGACAGCACUGUUAUCAGAGAAGAAGGCAUUGAUGAGCUAGCCAAAUUUUGCGGGGUUGGAGAUGCUGUCACAGAAAUGACUCGCAAGGCCAUGGGGGGGUCAGUGACUUUUAAAACCGCUCUGACAGAGCGCCUGUCAAUCAUCCGAUGCUCGAGGGAACAAGUGAACAAACUGAUAACUGACCACCCUCCCCAGUUGACGACAGGUAUUAAGGAGCUUGUUGAUUCUCUGCACCAGCGCAACGUGAAGGUGUUCUUGGUCUCUGGCGGUUUCCGCUGUAUCGUGGAGCAUGUUGCCACUCAACUCAGCAUUCCCCUCCAUCACGUGUAUGCCAACCGCCUCAAGUUCUACUUCAAUGGUGAGUAUGCUGGCUUUGACGAGACCCAGCCCACAUCUGAGAGUAAUGGGAAGGGGAAGGUGAUCAGCAUGCUCAAGGAGAAGCACGGCUUCAAGAACGUGGUGAUGAUUGGCGAUGGAGCCACAGAUCUAGAGGCCUGUCCCCCUGCAAAUGCAUUCAUUGGAUUUGGUGGAAAUGUGGUCAGGCAGCAAGUAAAGGAGAAAAGUUUGUGGUACGUCACAAGUUUUGGAGAGCUGCUAAAAGAACUGGAGAAGAUUUAACAAAGAAAUAACAUACAAACCUGAAACCUCUUACAACUAUUGUUACUAAUGCUAACAUCAGUGUUUUAUUUUUGCUAACAUCAGUGUUUUAUUUUCACCUAAUGGUGUGCCUUUUUUGGUUUUAUCCAGUGCACACUUUUUCUUCCUCCAGUCAAUAGAUAAAAAAAAAAUGUUUUAAUUAAAAUGUUUCCACAACAAUAGUGUCUUCUUGGGUUUGACCCUUGUUGAUUUUUCUACUAAUUAAAAAAAAAAUCAGGUUAACCAAAUGUUAUUAUUUUUGGAGGGAUUUGAGCAGGGUUGGAGUCAAUUCCAUUUCAAUUCAGUAUAAGUUUAAUUCCGGAAUAAUUGAAUUGACCCCAAUCCUGGAUGUUUUAAACUGCACUUUUGUGGUUUUGUCCUCAUUUCAACACUUUAGUGGUCAGGAUAAUACAACUACUCCAUUGUACAAUAUGUGCCAUCAAAUGUGCAUGUAUAGAUGUUUUAAUUUUGCUAUUGACACUAAUAAUAGUAAAAGUGUAAUAUGCA